GAAAACUGUUUAUAAAUACCUGUAAUUUUUUUAUAAUGGUUGUAGUAACUCCAAGUUUUAGCUCCGUACAAUAGAACCGUCUCGAUGUUUCUAUUGAAGAUUCUGACUUUGAUGUUGGCUGGCAGUUGUUUUGAAUUCCAGAUGUUCCCCAACUUCAGGAAUCCUGUCCUUGCCUUACCAGUCCGUGCCAGCACAUCUGCAUCAAAUCAUGCUCGUUUAUCCAUGAUACUGGACAGUGCUACAUUUUUAUGCACUUAUAUCGCAUUGGUUUGUUGUCCCAGUGUAAGACGACGAUAUCCUGGAAAUGUGAUCGCUUUAUCUGUUUUUACACUGGCAUUUUCUUAUAUGACGGGUACAAUUACAUCAUUUUACGACACUCAAUCUGUUCUAGUUGCUGUUGUUAUAACAGCUUGUCUAUGUAUAGCAAUUUCUGUUUUUGCUAUACAAACACGAAUUGAUAUUACAAAAUGUACUUCUUUAAUAUUUGUAUUAAGUAUUGUGGUAAUGUUAACUGGACUUGCUUGUGUCAUUGUUUUUGCUGUAUCCGGACCGAAUCGGAUUUUGCAAGUCGUUUAUGGUGGACUCGCAGCCUUGUUGUUUGGUGUGUAUCUGGCUUUUGAUACACAACAUAUUAUCGGUGGACGAGAGUUAGAACUUAGCGCAGAAGAAUAUAUAUUUGGUGCUUUACAAUUAUACUUGGAUGUUGUCAAUUUAUUCUUAAUUAUUCUAUCAUUUUUUGGUAAUAGAGAUUCAUAAAAAAUAAUAAGUCUGAAUAAACGUUCUGAAUAAUUUCCAAAACAUAAAAAGACAAAUAUAGUUACAUCACACUCACAUACAAAUGAGUAUUACAAUGAAUGAAGUAUUAUUCCCAUCUCUUUUCUUUUUCCGUGUCUCUGUGUGUUUGUAUGUGUGCGUUGUUGAUCAUCCCUAUUCUUUUCUUCAAUUUUCUAUUCAUUAAAAUAAAAAAGGCUGUUUUAUUGUUAUUCUGUAAUUGUUAAGAAAGGUGAUUAUAUCAACUUUUACCAUUGCUAUUCGUGCAUAUAUGUAUGGAUGGAUAAUGAAUAAGAUUGUGUACUUCAGAGCUAGAAUAUGACGUAAACAUCAUCUGAAAAUUAAUAUUUCAUAAAAUUCACAUUCUUUCAUCAUUUGUCCUAUCAAUUAUAAGAGUUGUAAUCUCAGUUGGGCCCUUAUAUCAGACUUAAACUUCACGAAUCAUCGACUUAUAAUUGUUGUUGUUAUUAAGAUUAUGAUGAUAUGUUCUGUUUAACAUUACGAUAACACACUUAUUAUUCAUACUUAAAAUAGUAAUCAUACAUCUCUUAGCAGUGAGUAUAUUUCUUGCUCUAAUGCUAAUAUGUUAUUUCUUCUGUUUGUGAACUACAUUUCUAUCCUUUCAAGUUGUCAAUAACAUAUGACAGUAUUUGUCAUAUUUGAAUACUUUGUGUUAUGACAUCCGAGAACUCACUGAAUCCGUAUUCAUAAUAAUUCGGAUUUUUAUUCUAAGGCAAAAAGGGAAUAGGGUAUUACUGUUUCUUACUUUCGACUCUCUCUCUUACACACACACACACAUGCAUACACCUUUUUCAUGUAAUCUUUUGUUUGUUCGAUUUUGUCCAUUCAUCAAUCGUAAAUACAUGAAGAAUAAAGAUACAAACUAAUAACAAAUGGAUCUUAUUUACCUGUGUGUAUUUUGAUUUCUGGAAUUAUCAUCGCUUGUUUUCCAAUUAAACUUAUUAUAAUAUUUUAUGUGUAUGUCUUUGUGUUACAAUGAAUCAUUACUGAAACACUUACUACUGAUUUAUUUUGUGUGUUUCGUUGCUGUUUUAAAUGAUUCGACUAUGAAUUCAUUGUACUGUGUAAUUGUGCACAAAAUAUACAGUCAUAAUUAUGUGUUUUAUAUUCUUAAAUCAAAUAUCAAUUUAUGGUAGUAAAUAUAUCGUUUGAAUUG